CAUUUUGGAGCUCCCCCGCAACCGAACCCAAACCCCUUGACCGCUUGGCUUCUUCCCCGAAACCUCACUCCCCUCCUCACCUAGGGUUAGGGUUUCCGGCCGCUCCCCCGCUCCGAUUCGAACGAAUCCGCCCCGCCCGCCCGCCAUGGCCGCCGGCGUCCUGGUGGACUUCCCCUCCAUGGGGUCCGCCUGCUACUUCCCCAGCCUCGAGUCCCUCCUCCGCGACUCCACCUCCCGCUUCCUCGCCGCCGUCUCCGCCGCGCCCGACCCGGACCUCACCAACUUCCGCUCCCUCUUCUCCCGCGUCCUCAGCACCUACCCGGACCCUCCGCUCGAGGCCGUCUGGUUCUUCUCCGCCCUCACCUUCCACGACGCCCCCGACGACCUCCGCUCCAUCCUCCACCUCCUCUCCGCCUUCACCGCCGGCUCCCGCGACGCCGCCAAGCCCCUCGCGCUCCUCGCCCCCAUCGUCUCCGAGCUCUUCCACUCCGCCAAGCCCCGCAGGGAGGUCGAGGCGCUCGUCGACGCCGUCCUCAGCUACAUCAGCAUCUGCUGCAGCCGCCGCCGCCCCGCGGGAGACGAGGUCAACGCCGACGCCGGGACGCUGCUGCCAGGGUUCGGGGAGCUCGUCAAGGUGUGGAGCGUGCGCAACUCCAGGGACAGGUGCCCGUUCCAGGUGCUCUUCCCGCUCGUCGGGGAUGAGGCCAGGCGGGAGCUCAUGAAGGAAGGCUGCACCGUCACUUUCCUCGCUGGGGUCGUGGUGGCCGAGGCCUUCCUGCUCAGGCUCUGCCUCAAGGUGCAGGGUGCGGCAGGGGUACCACGAUCUGAGCUGCAGAAGGAACUAAGGAUCUGGGCUGUUAGCUCUAUCUCGGUCUUCCAGAACCAGGAAUUCUUCGGAGUCCUGCUGAACAUGCUCGUGAACCCUCCACUGCCUGUCUAUUCACUGUUGAGUGCUGAUGAUGAAAUCUUGCUGAGAGAUGUCCUUUAUGAUGCUCUGAUCUUGGUGGAUUAUUCAUUCCUCAGUGGAGCUGAAGUUGCUCAAGCUAAUAUUUCCCUUUUCCCCAUUUUUGUGUCAAGAUUGGUUAUAACUGUUGAUGCCAUCAAUGAUGCCAGGCGCAAAGGAGAUCAAGGGAGAGCAAUCUCGUAUAUCAAUGCCUUCUCAACUUCAAACAUUCCCAGUUACCUCACUGGCUGGGCUAUUCAUGAAGCUGGCACUGACCAACUCGGCAAACCAAUUGCUAUCACACCUCAAGCCUUUCUGAAGUGGCUUGUAGAUCUUGAAGAUAAGGGGCUCAAAGUGUUUGGAGAGAACUUUUCAAGGAUUAAGGAGAGGGUGAUGCAUGACGAGGGCAAGAAUGAUAACCAGAGCAGGAUAAGUCAUUCAGGUGCUGACCUUUUCUUCAUUGAUAAGAAGAGUCACCAGGAGGGUAUGGACACAAAAGAUGGUGAGGAUGAAGAAGCCGUGGAGAUGGAGACAGCGGAUAAUGCUUUCAUGGCUGCUGCUCAUUCUAUGAAAGUGAUGGCGAAUGGCAUAAGGAAAAGGAAGGAUUGUGGAACUGAAGACGCAACAGCCAUGAAGUUUGUGAAGUACAAGACUGAAGACAGCUCAGUUAAGUGUUACUUGCAGGCAACCAAUGGCAUGAGCAGUGGCAGCGAGGUGGAGAAUCCACAGUCUGAUGACGAGAUGGAAGCCUAGAAGGAAACAUUCACUAAUGCUUACUUGAGGAGAGUUGUUUUGGAGGGUUCACUGGACAACUGCCUUUCUGCAAGACUGUUGUUGUUUUGCGUUCAGACUUCCGCCUCUUAAUGAUGUCGUGAAGUAGUAUAUCUCUUUUAGUUCAUGCUCGAUGAUAUGAGUUGAAGCGUUGUUCUCGGAUCUGUAACACUUCCAGCGAGAGAGGCUUACGGAUAUUAGUAGUAACUGGUAGCUAACUUGACUUGGCGCGUGAUGCCAUAAACUAUUAUCAUGUUCCUUGUUGCAAGCAAUCUGAGACUUCAAGAUGUAGAUCUGCUUUAAAGACUUUUGUAAUGGUAGAGUACAUUUCCUGUUA